CGAAGAUAAUUAAAAUCGGAAAAUCGCUUGGUUCAAAUCAAGUACUCGAGAUUGAUAUCGAAAAUGUCUACAGAUACCCAACCCAAGAUUCUCAUCAUUGGAGGUGGAGUGGGUGGCUUGACCCUUGCCCAAGGCCUAUUGAAACACAACAUCCGUUUUCAUGUCUUCGAACGAGACGAAUCUCAGUCAUUUCGCGCCCAAGGCUACCGAAUUCGUCUCGAUGGAGACGCUGUCUACGCGCUAAAGGAAGUCCUUCCACAGCACACGUGGGAGAAGCUGGAGGCAAGCGCGGCUACAGAGCGCGAAACAUCCGGAAUCACGAAACUGGACGCUCUGUCUGGCGAGGAAAUCAUGUUGGGCCCUGGUGGCGGGCCGCCUGGAGGCCCAAACGGUUCGAAAGGCAUCCAAGGACGGCGACAUGUUAAUGAACGACCAAUGGCUGUUGAUCGGACCGUCAUGCGAGAGGUUCUUCUUUCUAAUCUUGGGGAGAGCAUCUCUUUCGGCAAACAAUUUGAGAGAUACGAGAUCCACGAAUCCAGUGUCACUGCACACUUCACAGACGGGACCUCGUUCAAAGGUUGCUUUCUUGUUGGCGCUGACGGGGUGAACUCGCGCGUGCGCAAGCAAUAUUUGCCCCAGCUUUCAAUAGUUGACACUACUGGUCGCUGCAUUUACGGAAAAACCAUUCUCACGCCAUCGCUGUGUUCUUCGAUUCAUCCAAAAACCCAGAGCGGAAUGGUCUUGAUCCAGCAAAGCGAUCCAGACGGAACACCUCUAACGCUAUUUCUCGAAUCAAUGCGGUUUUCCAAUCCUGAUGUUGUACUCAUUCCGAACUCUAGAACUGGGGUCAAGGAGACAGUCCAAGAUUACAUAUACUGGGUCCUCUUGUCGCAAGAGCACAUCUUCAAGAACAAAACCGCCGAUGUUGUUAGUCUUUCGCCCAUCCAAGCUGCCGAAGUAUCGAACGAAUUGACCAAAGACUGGCACCAAAUCGUCAGGCCAAUAAUCACGCAGCAGGACAAAGCUUCAGCUUCGGCUGUGCGCAUUGUUACCGCUCUUCCAGACAUGCCUCCCUGGAUACCCUCCAGUCUAAUCACCGUACUGGGGGAUGCAGCGCACCCUAUGCCUCCAACUGCAGGUUUAGGGGCUGUUAGUGCUUUGAAGGAUGUUCAGAGCCUUCUCGCUGUCAUCAACAGGGGAAUAUCUGAGGAAAGCAUCGCGAUAUACGAGGAAGCUAUGCGCAAGUGGGCUUCAGAGGCUAUAAGAGGGAGUAGGGCCGGUGGGGUUAAGCUCUUCGGACAGGCCGAGUUCUCUCAGGCUAGACCUAUAGAGUUCUAG